AUGCCGGCUAGUAAAGUUCUCAGCCCCACUGCCAUUGGCUUUUUCGACCCCCUUUUCUUUCUCAGCCCCCCACACUUUCUCCGACAGAUCGUAGGCUUCCUGCUCAUGUUGGCUAAAAUCUUUUUACUCAUCUGGGUUUUCGUCACGUCAAUGUGCAAAUCCUUCUUGAUGAAGGCAAGAAAGGCGUCCAUAUUAUCAGACGGGUCCGAUUUCUUCUCGGCCCGAAACUGCAUAAUUCCGUUGAGGAGGGCGAUCUCGUCGGACUCGCUCCAUAUCCUCUGGAACAACUGCUUCUUCUCUGAUGCCUCUGGUUCAGCCUCCUUGCUGUUCUUCGACUUCUUGGUAACAGUGGGCUCCGUCCCCUUAACAGCCUCCUUGCUGUUCUUCGACUUCUUGGUAACAGUGGGCUCCGUCCCCUUAACCUCCUCGACGGCCCUCUUUCUGGUAGAUCUGACCCGUGAAGCGGAGGCGGCGACGGCCUUAUCCUUGCCUUUGGCUUUGGAAUUCUUCCUUGACUUCUUGUCGGAUUCGGAUCCGGAAUCCUCUUCGGGUGGGUCGGGCUUCGCGCCAGACGGGGUAUGGGGUUUUCUGGCGGCCGCCCGCGGUGGGGAAGACUUGCGGAUCGGUUCGGGCUCAGAUUCGAUUUCCUCAGACGAGGAAUCGUCGGUUUCCUCCUCCCCAGAAGAGGUUUCAGAGGAGACGGGCUUCUCGGGCUCACGGGAUUUCGACAUUUUC